AUGGAGUGUGGUUGUGCUAUUGAAAAUCUUUUAAAAAAAAACUUUUCUCUAUUGAGUUUUCAAGAAAAAUUGGAAUUGGUGCAAGUUGGAAGACCAACACCAAAACUUCCCAAUAUGACUUGCGUGAGUAAAUGCCGAGGCAGAUCCUUCAGUAGACAUUUUCAGUCAUCCAAUUAUGAUGAGAAAUCUUGGUUAUGUGGCUGUUCUUUAAUAAAUAAAUUGUUUUGCUGGCCAUGCCUUUUAUUUACUACAUCUAAAGAAAGAGGUGUUUGGACUUCUGGAUAUAGUGACUUAAAUCACUUGGCUACUGCUAUGAAUAAACAUCAACUGACACAAGCACAUAUUAAUAGUGUUGUUUCCUUAAAAACGUUUGGAAACACAAGAAUUGAGUUUUCCCUAGACGAACAACAAAAAAUAGCAACAACUCGACACAAUCAACAGGUUUCAGAAAACCGUAAAAUUUUAGAACGCCUAAUAGAUUGUGUUUGCUUUUUAGGGACUCAAGAACUUGCUUUUAGGGGUAAUGAUGAGUCCCAGAGUUCGAAUAAUAAAGGAAACUAUAAGGAGCUGCUAAACUUACUAGCUAAAUAUGAUAAUAAAUUAGAACGUCAUUUAACUACUGCUACUACGUUUACAGGAACAUCAAGCUCUAUUCAAAAUGAAUUAAUAAACGCUGUGGCUUCUGUCAUAUCUGAUUGUAUAGAGGAAGAAAUUAACAAAUCAUCAUUCAUUUCAGUCAUGUUAGAUGAAACUACAGACAUUGGAAAAAAAUCACAACUUUCUCUUGUUUUUCGAUAUGUUGAUGGCAAUGGCUUACCAAGAGAGAGAUUUUAUAAAUUUUGGGACUUAAGUGCAGAUCGUUCAGCGGCUGCUAUAUCAAAUAAAAUAAUUAAUAUUAUUAAAAUGAAAAAUUGGGGUGACAAACUUGUUGCGCAAACCUAUGAUGGUGCUGCAGUUAUGGCAAGUGAUUUGAAUGGCACUCAAGCUAAAGUCAGAGAAAACUUCCCACAAGCUGCGUUCAUUCAUUGCAACGCACAUGUGUUAAAUUUAGUAUUGUCACAAAGUCCGCCACUACCGACACUAAGCUAA